GUUGGGUACAUGCUGAUCUUACAAAUGAAUUGCAUUGCAAAAAAAUAAAUGGAAUUCACACGAUUGUGCACUUGAAAACAGGGCUGGAGGGUCUCAGAGACAUCGACAGUGAAGUUUAGGGGCUUGUCAAAGUAGAUUUAGAGUGGACUGGCUUGUUUAAUUUGGCUCUAGUGGUAAAUGCAGGUAAAAAUCAGCCAAAAUGGCAGCCAUUGUUGUUAGUAACAAAGCCUUACAGAUAGGACAUCGGCUCAAUUCACAACUUCCUGUAAUUACUGGAACAAUUGGUCUGCAGAAAAGAGAUGCAAGCACAAAUUUAGCAACUUAUAGGAGGGGUCGUGGGGGUAGAUCUUCAUUCAGUGGAACAGUUGCUACUGUAUUAGGUGCAUCUGGAUCUUUAGGAGGUUAUGUUGUCAAUAGACUGGGUAAAGUAGGAUCACAAGUGGUCAUCCCAUACCGUGGUGAUACUUCAUCUGUCGACAGAUUUAGGCUUUGUGGAGAUCUUGGUCAAAUUUUGUUCAGCAAUUUCCAUCUAAGAGAUGAUGACUCGUUACGAAGAGCCAUGAAGUAUUCCAAUGUUGUCAUCAAUUUAAUAGGACGAGAUUGGGAAACUCGAAACUUCUCGUUCUACGAUGUACAUACUGAAGGUGCCAGACGUGUUGCUCGUAUCGCUAAAGAAAUGGGUGUGAAAAAGCUGAUUCACUUUUCUUCACUGAAUGCCAGUCCAAAUCCUCAACAAAUCUUUGUUAAAGGUGGAUCUCAUUUUCUUAGAAGUAAAUAUGAAGGAGAGCUAGCAGUGAGAGAAGAGUUCCCAGAGGCUGUCAUAUUUAGACCGGCAGACAUGUUUGGUCCUGAAGAUCGGUUCACUAUAACUUAUACAAAUUACUGGAGAAGGGCCCACGGUGUAAUACCUCUAUGGAAGAAAGGAGAUGCUACCAUUAAGCAGCCUGUAUUUGUUGCAGAUGUAGCUGAAGGUGUUUUACAAGCCAUUAAUGACCCUGAUGUAAUCUCUAAAACAAUAGAGGCAGUUGGACCAUAUCGAUACUAUCUAGCGGAUUUAGUAGAUUUUUUCUACAGAGCUCUGAGAUUUAGAAAUGUACCCCGCUAUCCUAUUACACCAUUAUUUCAGCUUAAAGCCCGUAUAAUGGGUAUGGCUCCUAACAACCCAAUAUUCAACUUGGACAAGCUAGAUAAAGAUCAUGUCACAGAUGUCUUAACAGAUUGUCUUACACUUGAAGAUUUGGGCGUUCAACUAACAAGAAUAGAAGACAGGGUUAUCUUUGACCUUAAACCAUUUAGAGUUAAUGCCUACUAUGACGAAAAUCUUGGAGAAUUUCGAGAUCCACCUAAACCCCCAAUUGUACCUCCAGAACUGGAGAUGAAAAAUUAGAAAAUACAUUUUAAAACAAUUAUUUAUAUACACGGUUAAAUGAUCAGGACUGAACUACAUGGUUGCUACAAAUGAUAUAAAAGAGUUAUGUUUAUUAGCUGUUCAUGUAUACAUAGACAAAGAGUGAACAUUAAAAAAAAUCUGUUUAUUAUACUGAAUCAAGUUGAGAAUUCUAGUAAACUAAAUUAGAAACCA